CUCCCCGGCGGGGCCGGGCCGAGCCGAGCCCAGCGCGCAAACGCCCACCACCCGCUCGGGCCAGGCCGCGGCGGCGGCUCUCGGGAUCCAUGGAGACGGCGCGGGGCUCCGCGGCCUCCCUCGCGCCGGCCGGACUGUUGGUCUUCGCCGGCUCCGCCGAGCGCGACGUGGCCUUUGCCAAAGCCUUCUGGAACUCGGUGACCCUGCAGCCCCCGCUGGAGUCCCGCCUGGGCCCCGGGGGGCCGCGGCCUCGAGAGACCCAGAGAAAUAUUGCUUUCCAGAUUCCACCAGGCAAUAACCAGAGUGAACAGAUAAUCUUGGAAGCUCACAAAGCUCAGAAAGCUGAAGAAAAAGAAAAAUAUCUUCAGAAGGCCAAGAGGAGGGAUGAAAUACUUGCUUUACUGAGGAAACAAAGAGAAGAGAGGAUCACAAAAGAACAGAUUUCUUGUCUGCAUAAACCAAAGACCAAAACACAUCAAGUAAGGGCAAAGAUAUCUGAUUCUGACAUUGAGGAUCAAGAAACAGUAAAAGCCCUUGAAUAGUUUGGUUAGGGUGACUGAGUUGGAGAUUCAAGUCUUUGUCUCUUCACUUCAGAAUGAUAUCCUGCUAACAGGCCUAUUCAGCUUUGGAAUUUAAGCCACAUGCAUUCCUGCUUUCGUUACAUUUCUAGUUCUUCCUAUUGAGCCACGGGAUCCUCUGCCCAAAGUUAUGGAUGCACUUGAUGGAGCAGCUCUUCAAUCCAGCCGUAAAUUUCUUUGUACUGUGUUUGAUUAAAAGUCAAAGUAAUAAAUGUUUAAUCCAAAUAAAUGGAUUUUUAACGGCAAAUUUUGUAUUUACUUUGGAAAUUAAUUAUGCUAUGUUUGUUUAUGGCAUCAUGAUUUUACAAAUGCUAGUUCUGUUCUGGUUUUUUUUAACCAGCCUCAUAUUUUUCCUUUGUCUUGGCACUCUGCCACCAAACUAAAUACAGUGAGUGAUAAUUGUGUAUCUGAUAAAAUAGGGCGGCUGCAUAGGGUAAUUGUUUGAAAUAAAUUUUACUGGCCUUGCUAUCAUAGAGACUAUA